CUUCAAUGGCUUCUUCGAGCUCCUUUCACCUCUGUUGAUAGCUCGAGCUUUAAAUUAUUUUCUGUGUGGAAUUUGGUAUCGCCAAUUUAGGGAUUUUGUCUGUUAAUUACUGAACUUCAAUUCUUCCUCUCUAGUUUUUAGUUUCUCCAUGGACUUGGAAUCGACUUAUGAGAUUGACCGUGUGGCCGGAUUCAUCUCGGCGAGAGCUUUCCGGCGAGUUGCUCUUCAGUUCCCAGAUGAAUUAUUGAAAGAUUCCACGAGGAUAGUUGCUGCUCUACAUGAAAAGCUUCGCUCAUUCAACCAGUCACAUGCUGGAAGCAAUGGAGAUGCAAAGGAUGUUAAGUUGUAUGUAAUGGCGGAUACUAUGUAUGGGAAUUGUUGUGUCGAUGAAGUUGGAGCAUCUCAUGCCAAUGCGGACUGCGUUAUCCAUUAUGGUCGUACUUGCUUCAGUCCGACAUCAACUCUUCCCGCAUUUCUAGUCCUUGGGAAAGCUUCACUAGGUGUGCCACUCUGUGCUCAAAAACUAUGCGAGUAUACUAAAAAAGGUGGCAAACCUAUUUUGGUUCAAUAUGGACUUGAAUAUGCACAUGCAAUCACAGAAAUCAAAGCAUCAGUGGGUGCUCAAGCAUGCUUCGAGCUGGAAGUCCAUUAUGCUGAUAUUAUGUCUCCAAUUAUAACUCCACCCGAGACUUUUAGCUCGAUGAAUGAGCAGCCAGAACUAAGUGAUGGUCAAUGUGCAAAUAUCCGCUCUACUCAGGAGAGCAAUGCAGCAUAUUGUAUUGGAGGGUUGACAUGGUCGUUACCAGUGGGACGCAGGAUGGAGGACUAUUUGAUUUUCUAUGUUGGUUCAGAUGACCCAGCCUUUGCAAAUAUACUAAUGACAUACAAUGCUUGUGAAAUAGUCAGAUAUGAUGCUACUGAAGAUCUUUUGGUGAAUGACUUUUCUCAGCAGAAAAGGAUUCUUAAGCGUAGAUACUUCCUUAUUGAGAAAGCAAAGGAUGCUAGCAUCAUAGGGAUCUUGGUUGGGACACUUGGCGUAGCUGGUUACCUCCACAUGAUUCAUCAGAUGAAAGACUUGAUUACACGAGCUGGGAAGAAAGCCUAUACUUUUGUUAUGGGGAGACCAAACCCUGCAAAGCUUGCCAACUUCCCUGAGUGCGAUAUCUUCAUUUAUGUUUCUUGUGCACAAACUGCUCUAUUGGAUAGUAAAGAGUUCUUAGCUCCAGUUAUUACUCCUUUUGAAGCAAUGAUUGCUUUCGGCAGAGGAAGCGAAUGGACUGGGGCUUAUGUGACAGAAUUCCGGGAUUUGAUUACUUCUUCCCCCAUGGAAGCGAAAAACCAGUCAGAAGCGCGGUUUUCAUUCAUUCAGGGUGGAUAUGUCGAAGAUGUUGAACAGCAAGAGGUUGAAGAAGUUGAAGAUGGAGUUUCUGCUUUAGUGAACAUCACAGAGAAGGCUUUGCGUGUUCGUGACAAGGACUCGCAAACUCUAAUGCCCGGAACAGCUAAAUCUGGUGCAGAGUACUUCGCGACUAGGUCAUAUCACGGCCUUGACAUUCAUCCUGAAAAUAAUUUUUCCGAGCCCUUUUUGAUUGGUAAAAGUGGGAGGGCAUCAGGAUACAAGAAUGAAACUGCACAACAAAGUCAGUGAUUGGAAC